UAGAACAGGUAUUAGAAGUGCGUUCGGUUGAUUCCAUAUCAAUGAAUCUACAAAGAAGGUUUGUGGGUUGGGACAAAUUUAUAACCGGAAUUCUUGGAAUUCAUUGGGGGUUUUUUAUUAGUGCUGAGUUAACUAUAGUGCAAAGUCGUAUCUCUUUGAUUCAUAAGAUCCAAAAAGUUUAUCGAUCCCAGGGGGUCCAGAUUCAUAAUCGGCAUAUUGAAAUUAUUGUACGUCAAAUAACAUCAAAAGUUUUAGUUUCAGAAGAUGGAAUGUCUAAUGUUUUUUUCGCCUGGAGAACUUAUUGAAUUGUUGCGGGCAGAACGGAUGGGGCGUGCUUUAGAAGAACCUAUUUAUUAUCGAGCCAUAUUAUUGGGAAUAACAAAAGUAUCUCUCCAUACUCAAAGUUUCAUAUCGGAAGCGAGUUUUCAAGAAACUGCUCGGGUUUUAGCAAAAGCAGCUCUCGGGGGGCGGAUCGAUUGGUUGAAAGGCUUGAAAGAGAAUGUUGUUUUGGGUGGGGUUAUACCGGCCGGGGACUGGAUUCAGAGCAUUAGUCCACCCCUCAAAACAAUAUAAUAACAGUUAUUUCCAAAAACAAAAAAACAAUCUAUUUAAGGCGGGGGUUCGAGAUAUUUUGUCUCCCCACAAAAAACUUUUUAAAUAGUUCCUUUCAAAAAAACUCCGCAAGAUAUCACAUAAUUG